CGCCGGGGCGGGACGGCCGCACCCCGCUCCUCCGCUGCUCCCGGCGAUCCCGCGCCCAGACUGGUAUCCGGGGACUGUGACUUGCAGGGCCCGCCAUGGAGCCGGAGCAGAUGCUGGAGGGACAGACGCAGGUUGCGGAAAAUCCUCACUCGGAGUACGGCCUCACGGACAACGUGGAGAGGAUAGUAGAAAAUGAGAAGAUUAAUGCAGAAAAGUCAUCAAAACAGAAAGUGGAUCUACAGGCUUUGCCAACUCGUGCCUACCUGGAUCAGACAGUUGUGCCUAUCUUAUUACAGGGGCUUGCUGUGCUUGCAAAGGAAAGACCACCAAAUCCCAUUGAAUUUCUAGCAUCAUAUCUCUUAAAAAACAAGGCACAGUUUGAAGAUCGAAACUGACUUACUGGGAAGAACAGAAAUGUUUGGUUUCUACUGUAGAUUUACUGAUUAAGAGGCAGCUUUAAUUGCCAUGAUUUCCCCCCCAGCCUUUUUGGAAGUAUAAGAACCUUCAGGACAACAACUUGUUCUUGGAGUUGCAGAAGAAAACUUAUUUCCCUUAUUUUGAUUUAAUCACCAUACUUAUUUAAUGAGUGUAUUAUGUGCAAUUUUUUCUCAGAUUGUCUUUAACUUUGUUUUUAAAAUGACCUUCAAAAUAAACUGUUAAAUGUCGUUA